UAAACAUGGCUGCUGCUAUUAGGGUUAGGUUACAGGAUUAUGUUCGAUUAUACGCAAGGACCUCUCUUUUACAAACUUUUAAUUUUAAAUUUAAACAGAGGGUAUGCGUCCACAAUUCACCGAUACUCUGUGUGGCCGGCCAGGAGCUGCGAAUGCCCUCCCUGUCGCCCACCAUGUCGGAAGGGACCAUCGUCAAGUGGCUGAAGAAGGAGGGCGACGCGGUGUCCGCCGGCGACGUGCUGUGCGACAUACAGACUGACAAAGCAGUCAUCGCCCUCGAGACGGAUGAGGAAGGCAUCCUCGCCAAGAUCCUGGUGCCAGAGAACACCAAGGACGUGCCCGUCGGCCAGGUGAUCGCGCUCCUGGUGGGGGAGGGGGAGGACUGGAGGUCGGUGGAGAUGCCCUCAGGGUCGCCCGGUCCCCAGGAGCCUGCCGCGGCUGCCCCUUCCCCGGCGGGAAGCCCCACAGUCGAGAAAACAGUCCCGGGACAGGAGCUGAAGAUGCCCUCUCUGUCGCCGACCAUGUCCGAAGGCACGAUCGUGAAGUGGUUGAAGAAGGAAGGGGACGCGAUCACGGCGGGCGACGCCCUCUGCGACAUCCAGACGGACAAGGCCGUCAUGACCCUGGAAACGGACGAGGAAGGAAUCCUGGCAAAGAUCUUGGUGGCGGAGAACUCUCCGCCCGUGCCGGUGGGGCAGGCGAUAGCGCUCCUGGUGGCGGAGGGGGAGGACUGGCGGUCCGUGGCGAGUCCCGGAGGAGAAGCGGCCGUCCCGGACCCUGCCCCGGCCCCCGACCGGCAGCGGCAGGAGCCGCCCGCCCACGCUCCCGGGACCCACGCGAGCUACGGUCCAGCCGUCCACCUCCUGCUGGAGCAGUACGGGCUGGAGGCGGGCCGGGUGGCCGCGACGGGCCGAAAGGGACGGCUCCUGAAGGAGGACGUCCUGAGACACGUGGCUGCGAACGCUCUGACGCCGAGGCCCGCCCGGCAAGUACCACCUCCGACUCAAGGAGCGAAAUCUGCGGACCAGCCUGGGCCUCCCAAGGCAACCCCAGCUGUCCAGCGGCCAGGGGCCAACUACGUGGACAUUGAGAUGUCCAGCAUGAGGAAGACGAUAGCCAAGAGGCUGACCGAGUCCAAGAGGACCAUCCCUCACGCGUACGGCUACGCCGACUGCUCCGUGGACGCGGUGCUGGCCGCGAGGAAGCGGCUGAAGGAGGAGGGCGUGUCCGUGUCGGUCAACGACUUCGUGGUGAAGGCGGUGGGGAUGGCACUGCGGCAGUGCCCCGCCCUCAACUCCCACGUCGCCGGCGACCAGGUGAAGAUCCUCAGCGACGUGGACGUUUGCGUGGCGGUGGCAACGGACGCGGGGCUCAUCACCCCCAUCGUGAAGGACGCGGCGAGGAAGAGCCUCGCCGAGAUAUCGGCGGCGGUCAGGGACCUGGCGACCAGAGCGCGGGAAGGGAAGCUGCAGCUGCACGAGUUCCAGGGCGGCAGCUUCACGAUCUCCAACCUCGGCAUGUUCGGGGUGAAGGAGUUCAGCGCCAUCAUCAACCCCCCUCAGACCGGCAUCCUCGCCGUGGGAGGCGGGCGUGCAGUCCUAGGUGCUGCCGGGAGGCCGGUUACUAGAAUGACCAUCACGUUGUCGUACGAUAGGAGAGCAAUCGCCGAACAUGAAGCGGCUGAGUUUUUAGAAACCGUGGGUAACUUCUUGGAAGAACCGUCCAUGCUGCUGACAGGAAUUCGCGAUAAGUUGAAGUCUGCCUUCGCCGUCUGAAGCAAGACACACUCUGUGUGGGCAUGUUUAAAUCUGCGUGUAGACAUUGGUUUCGUCCUCGAUGUAGUUGGUAAUAAUUACUUCAGAGUAGUGCCAAUUUGAUAUUUAUGUUUACCCGAUUCCGAUAUUGCUGAUAAGUACAAAUACUACAUUGCUGCCUCAGCAAAAAGAAAUUUCAUUGUAUUUUGUUUUUGUUUCUUCUUAAAAAUAUAUCCUACAGUUUGAGUGUCAUGCAGAUUUUUUUGUAUGUCAGUUAAUAAUUCAGAACUACAGCAUGUUUUAAUCCCUAUAUCAAAGUAUUCAGAAUGGGUUAAUAUUUUAGUAUGUAUCAUUUUGUUCUGAAAGUUUGUACUCGUAAAUUUUGGGAAUAGAAAACUAGUUGUGUUCUCAGAUAAAAUUGUUCCUUAUUUAGUUAUUUAUUAGUAAAUGUGUUUCAUUGAUGAAAAACUGUAUUAAAUGUAAUAUAUUUUGGAGUUGAAGGUUGUUAAAAUAAAUUAUCUAAUUUAUUACAGUUUGUGCACAUAACUAGUAUAAAUGUAAAUACAUGUGUAUCUAGGGUAUUUUAAGUAUUUCAGAAAAAUACUGUUGACACUACUGUCUGUUGCUUGUUCAAAUAAAAAUCUAUGAAAAUAGUAUGUUUGCAUUAUUUACAUUUGGGUGCUAUAAAGUUGUUAAAGAGUUAAUUAGUAUUGAAAAUUCCAGAGAAAUGUCAUUACAUCAUAACUCACUUUAAUCAUUAAAAUAUCAAAACAAAUUAAACAUAUGUAGUAUGUAUCGCUAAACACGUUUACUAUUCAUAGUGUGUAAAUAUUAGAACCUUGACUAGUGUUGACAGCUAAGGACCUAAGGUUUGUAAAUACUCAUGAUAAUCGGUCAUUUUACCUGCUUACUCAGCAACCAAUAUUAACAAACGAGCUUUGCUAAUUAAUGUUAAUAACCACUGUUCAAAUGCACAGUUUUGGUUGUCCUGCCUCAAAGCAAUAUGUUUGACGAUACUUAUUUGAACCUGUGACAUGUCUUUUACGGGUUAUUGUUAAAAGUAAGGAAAAUUUGUUUUGCAGCUUGUGUGAUGGGUGCAAAAAUAAAUAAAUAUUUAUUUGAAUUAAAAA